AUGCUUUGUCCUGCUGUGUGUGGAGUUAAUUUUGGUACCUGCAUCCUGCAAGGCAACCCUCAGGCUCCUGCACUCUUCAAGAACGGAGACUUGGUUAUUGGGGGGGUUUUCUCCAUUCAUGACUAUCUGAGGACAGAGAAGCACACUUACACUAGACAGCCACAACCACUAGAGUGCAGUGGGAGUGUGGGUUUCAGAGAGAUGCGCUUUGUUCGUGCCUUUGAAUUUGCCAUCGAGGAGAUCAACAACAGCUCUGAUUUCCUACCGGGCAUCACUUUAGGGUAUCAUAUAUAUGACUCUUGUGCCUCUGUGCCAAUGGCAGUCAAAGUAGCCUUUCAGCUUGCCAACGGACUAGAUCUAAUAUUUAACCUCACUGAUUCCUGUGCAAAAUCUGCAGCUGUUACAGCAGUAGUCGCAGAAUCUGGCUCCACACCGUCUAUAAGCAUUUCAAGACUUCUCGGUCCAUUUGGAAUUCCACAGGUGAGCCAUUACGCAACGUGCGCGUGUCUCAGUGACAAGCGGCAGUAUCCUACUUUUUUCAGGACCAUCCCCAGUGAUCACCAUCAAGCGGCAGCACUGGCACGGAUGGUCAAGCACUUCGGAUGGACGUGGAUCGGAGCAGUGCGCAGUGAUUCAGACUAUGGGAACAAUGGCAUGGCAUCAUUCCUGAAAGCUGCGGAGCAGGAGGGAAUCUGUGUGGAGUAUUCUGAGGCCUAUUACAGGACCCAACCGCGCAGCAAACUAAAAAGAGUCGCGGAUGUCAUUCGCAGAUCAAUGGCUCGUGUAAUAGUUGCCUUCCUGGCCUCAGGUGAUAUGAGAAUCCUUUUAGAAGAGCUGAGCCAGCAGCCGCCUCCCCCGAUGCAGUGGAUUGGCAGCGAGGCGUGGGUUACAGACCCAGAAAUGCUGCGUUUUAAUUUGUGUAUCGGCGCUGUAGGCUUUGGAAUCCCGCGGUCAGUUAUCCCGGGUUUUCGUAAUUUUCUACUUGACCUGUCUCCAGAACAAGCGCUAAAAUUUCCCCUGCUGACAGAAUUCUGGGAAAGCUCAUUCAGCUGUAGUCUAAAAAGGCAGACAGGUUCUUCUGCUGGUAUGCCAGCAUGUGAUGGCACAGAGGACCUGCACGCUUUACAGAACCCGUACACAGACACGUCCCAGUUGCGGAUCACUAACAUGGUGUACAAAGCCACAUAUGCUAUAGCCCAUGCCCUCGAUGCUAUUGUCUGUAACAAAAAACAUUGUGACAAAAACGUGAAAGUUGAACCCUGGCAGGUUUUUGAUAAGCUUAAGCAAGUAAACUUCACUCAAAAUAAUUAUCAUAUUUCGUUUGACACCAGUGGAGACCCUGUGGCAACCUAUGAACUUGUGAAUUGGCAGCUUCAGAGAGACGGUUCAAUUGAUUUUGUUACAGUGGGCCAUUAUGAUGCAUCCCAACCUAAAGGCCAAGAAUUCAGCCUGAGUAGAGCUAUCAUUUGGAACGUUGGCAAAGAAACGGUGCCUGUGUCUGUGUGCAGUGAAAGCUGUCCUCCAGGUACUAGGAAGGCUGUACAAAAAGGAAAACCUGUCUGCUGUUAUGACUGCAUUAACUGUGCUGAAGGAGAGAUCAGCAAUGAGACAGAUUGCUAUCCAUGCCAUCCCGAGUACUGGCCCAACAAAGAGAAGGACAAAUGUCUUCCAAAACCAGUGGAGUUUCUCUCCUGGGAUGAGAUCCUCGGUAUCAUCCUCACUGUUUUCUCUGUAGCCGGAGCUUUAGUAGCUUUGAGCAUGGCUUUAGUAUUCUACAAAAACAGGGCCUCUCCGAUAGUAAAAGCCAACAACUCAGAGCUGAGCUUCCUACUGCUUUUCUCAUUGGCUCUAUGCUUUCUCUGUUCACUUACUUUCAUUGGUCGGCCCACUGAGUGGUCCUGCAUGUUGCGUCACACAGCAUUUGGGAUCACUUUUGUCCUCUGUAUCUCCUGUGUUUUGGGGAAAACAAUAGUGGUGUUAAUGGCUUUCAGGGCUACACUUCCAGGAAGUAAUGUCAUGAAAUGGUUUGGGCCUCUUCAACAGAAAUUCAGUGUUUUGGGUUUCACUCUUGUACAGGUACUUAUAUGUGUGCUUUGGUUAACAAUAUCCCCCCCUUUUCCUUACAACAAUAUGCAACACUACAAAGAAAAGAUCAUUCUAGAAUGUGGUUUAGGAUCAGCUAUAGGUUUCUGGGCUGUACUGGGUUAUAUUGGCCUCUUAGCUUUCCUUUGCUUUGUUUUAGCUUUUCUUGCCCGAAAGCUGCCUGAUAACUUCAAUGAGGCUAAGUUCAUCACAUUCAGUAUGCUCAUAUUCUGUGCUGUAUGGAUCACAUUUGUUCCAGCUUAUGUUAGCUCUCCAGGGAAAUUUACUGUAGCUGUGGAGAUAUUUGCCAUUUUAGCUUCAAGCUUUGGUCUGAUUCUCUGUAUUUUCGCUCCUAAGUGUUUCAUUAUAGUUUUUAGACCAGAACAGAAUACCAAAAAACAUUUAAUGGGUAAAGUACCAUCAAAAGCCCUCUGA